ACGAAAUUGACAUUUCUCAUUCAGCCGAAAGCAUCGGAUUAAAUUAAAAUCCGCAAUUGCUGUUCACUUGUGAAAUUGUUCUUGAAUAUUCUUCGUUUCUAACGUUUUAUCCUUGAAAAGUGUCUAAGAUAUUUUGUGAAAAAUGGGUUAUCUGAAAGUGUAUAUUUUCUUAGCAGUAACUUGCAGUUCUGUAAUAAUAGGUCAAGGAGGCUUAACGACAAAGAAACCUGAUUUAAUCGAUCUACCGACGAGCGUAGCAUCUCUAAAAAGUAUAUCCGAUGCCGUCCCCUCGGUCGAUGUGAUAGGGCCGUCACACGAGCCUCAGCAAUCUCCGAGCCCCCAACCUGACACGACAACGACUCCGACUACGAGCACCACCAGCUCCACUACCACAACUUCCACACCUGCGCCCACAACUACAACAGAACCAGCUCCAAAUACCACCACUGUGCCAACCACAACUGUGACUCCCGCCCCAGAGCCGAAGCCGACGCCUGCCCCUGGCCCGCUGCCACGGCCCACACAGGGCACCUGGUAUUAUACAGACCAAAGCACAAACGUCACAUGCAUCCUUGUCCAGUUUGCUGCUCAGCUCAACAUUACAUACCCUAAGAAUAACACAUCAUCCCUGGGCUACGCUCUCCUCAAUGUGCCGGCGAACGCGUCCGUGGUGGACGGUAACUGCAACACGACGUCGCAGCGUUUGACCCUGGCCUGGGCGGACGGCAACCACACUCUCACCAUGCACUUCCUUGCCAAUGACACCACCAAGACGUACCACCUCAACAGUCUUAACAUCACCAUCUCACCGGAGAUACUCAUUAACUCUUCGCUGUCCCGCAGCGUGGAGGUGUGGCACGGCGCGGAGUGGGCGAUGCCGCUGAACACGUCGUACCGGUGCGCGGCGGACACCCAGCUCAACCUCACCGCGGAGGUGACCAGCGUCGCCGCCACGCUCACGCUCUCGCAGCUGCAGGAGGAGGCCUUCCGCACCCAGCACAACAACAACAGCUUCAGCUCAGCGCGCGAGUGCGGCUCGGCGGACUUGCCGGACGCUGUGCCGAUAGCGGUGGGAUGUGCGCUCGGCGGACUCGUCGUCGUCGUCCUCAUCGCCUACCUCGAGGGUCGUCGCCGCUCCGCCGCGCGCGGCUACCUCUCCAUGUAAUAAGUGAUGGAUGUCAACACGUGCCGUAGUCAAUAUAAUAAAUAUAGUUAACAAAUAAAUAUAAUUCGUUGCAUCGCAUUCACGACACGAGACAACAGACGCGCACCGCCGAGUGUUGCCCUCAUCAAAACAUUUGCUCAAAAUUAAACUAAACAUCGGUAGUGUUAACUAAAAUGUGGACAUUUCAGCUUUUAUUGAACGCAACUACCUAUCGUUAAAUACAAAUAAUUUAAGCUCUAGAAUAUUUAAAAAAAAACUCUUUUUUAAGUAAAAAAAAAACAAAAACUACGUAAUGUUAUUUUUUUUUAUGGAAGUAACGGAAAUAAGCUUCAUUAUGAUGAUUUCUAGAGCCUAAAUAAUUAUGUAUUAUAGUAAAAAAAAAUAUUGUGCUUUGUAAAAACGUGUCCAUAUUAAGUACUAACUACAUCUUUGACUUUGCAUCUCAGAUUUGUAAUUUUUUUUUGUUAAAAAGCUAAUUUUAUUUUAUCUGAUUUUUUCUACUUUUUAUAUCAACGCCGGCGAGUGGCAACAACGAAGUCAAUACAAUUUUUUAUUUAUGUAUUUUUUAAAUGGCAACAUUUUGUCUGAAUUAAUAUAAGUUGUCAGAUUUAUAAAAAAAGUGUAUAAUUCUUUGUAUUCUAAAUAUAAGCGAGUUGAAUAUGUUUUAUUUAAAUGAUAUGGAAUUAAUUAAAUGUUUUAUUUUUAAUUACAUUUCCUAUAUUAAUAUUAUAAUUUGGAUAAAUUUUAAAAACAACAAAAAAAUAAAUAUCCUCGCUGGCUGAAAAAAAAAUAUUUUUACUUUUUUUUAUUUUCUUGCAUAAUAGAUGUGAAAAUAUAUUUUUAUGCGAGAAUCCUCUAAAACAAAUGAGGUGCAGCGAUUGAAAGUAAAAAACACUGUGUUUCCAUUAUCGUGAUGAUUGUAAAUAUACAUAUAGCCAUCCCUUACAUUCUGUUUGUAAUGAAAAGAGACGACCAUAUGUAUAGAUAUAGUUGUCUCGUAGUUGGAAUUACACGUACAUAUAAAAUGUGAUUUAGUACUUUUUAAAGUGAGUUUGGUAGAAUACGAUUUUUUUUUAAUUUCGAUACAAAUUAAAUAUUUCUUAAUCAAAUUUUUCAUUGAACUUGGAGAUCAUUAGAGUUUCAUUGUCAUCAACACAUCUGUCCAUUUUAAUUAAGUGUAAUUUACGAUAACUACAGCAUCCUGUAAUAUUUCACCGUAAAUUUCCACUGGUAAAAUGUUGCAAAAUACUUCGACAUAAUUCUAAUAUAU